AAAAAAUUUAUAUUUAAAUUAGAAGGCUGCACGGUUUACAAGUGUACAGAAAUUUUACACUCAAGUUUGAAGUAAAAAAAAGUAUCAGAAUCAGAAUAGUUAAUAAUAUGAGGCGAAUAAUAUCAAUAUUAAUUAAUGUAUUGUCAAUGGUGAAUAGUGAGAGUGCCACUGAAGGUGAUAUAAAUCAAUUACAAUCAGCUCUUCAAGAAUCUGCGAACUAUAUGUCAAAGUAUGCAAAAAAUGAAGAUGUUACAAUUUGUAUUGGUGAACCACGAGCUGGAAAAAGUACAUUAGUUAAUUACUUAAUUGGAACAAAAUUAAAGGCUGUAAAUUAUAAUAAAUACGAUCCAAAUUUAAUAGAAAAAGAAGACGAAAAAUCUUUAGGUCCAAAUAUAGGUCAUGGAACACUAUCGACAACUACAAUUCCUACAAGAUGGGAAUCAAAAGUUUAUAAAGAUUUAAUUCUUUGGGAUGUUGCUGGAUUUGCUGACAAUAGAGGACCAAUUCAAGACAUCACUAACGCCUUCUAUAUCUAUCAAUUAAUAAGAUUUGUUAAAUCCGUAAAAAUUAUAUUAGUUGUUGAUGUUCUUGAUAUCCUUCAGGACAAUCCUGUAAAGUUUACAUCAGUAUUACGAGCUUUAGAAAAUUUAUUUGGAAUGGGAUUGAGAAAUUAUUAUUCAAGUAUGGCAGUCAUUUUUUCAAAAGGGGAAAAAACUGUUUUAAACUCAAUACCAUUGGACACGAAAUUUAUAACAGAAAAAUUGAAAUAUCAGUAUUUAUCCGAUAGUGGCUUGGCAAUGUCUAAAAUAACAAAAGGAUUCAUAGAAUAUUUAACAAAACAUACUAAUCAAAUUGGCUUAUUUAUGAGAGCUGACGCUAUAGGUGAAGUUACGUCUAAUAUCGACGUUAAUAUUUCUCAAGCUAUCAGCAAUUGUAAAAGUAUUCAAAAUAAAGAAUUGCUAAAUUUGCGUCCAAGUAUUUCCGAAAAUUCGAAGAUUUAUCUAAAUGAAUUUCGAGAAAAGUUGUCUUUAACAACGUCAUUUGAUAAAUUACAAAAGGAUAUAAGGAAUAUACUUAAGAAUAUCGCUUCUGAAAAGAAUUAUUAUUUUCGAAGACGUGAACUAAGAAGAUUGCAAGCACAAUUAUCUAUUUGGAAAGAUAAUGGUUUACUUAAUGAUUGCAAUUUACAAUUGAUUAUUAUUCGAAACAGUUAUGCCGAAAUUAGGAGAAUUAUUGGCACGACUAAUUUGUUGAAUACAGAGAAUCUAAUCGAAUUUCUUAAUGAAUUAUUAGGUUAUGGCACUAGUCUACAUCUUUGCAAUCACAAUGAAAAAUAAUUUAUAAGAAGCAUAUUUUUGAAUAGAAAUGUUAAAUA